AUGGCACUUUUUGCCCUUGCCGAGCCAAGCCAGCCGCAUUGUGAUGCCGGUUGGGUAAUCAUGAUCGCUGUCAGCGCUGAUGAUCUUGGCAAGAUCUGGUCACGCACAGUGAUCGACACGGCUGCGGCUGCCAUGUGCGUGCGGAAAAGGUGGGCGCGUUUUGAUGGAGCAGAGGCGCCGAGGUGUGCCGCCCCCCUCUACCUCCUCCUACCUCCUAGCGCUGAGUGUUAUCUCAGCUCGGUGCCGAGUGCUGUCAGGGUCAGCCUGAACAACUCAACAGGCCGCCACCGUAUUGCGUAUUGCGUAUUGGUAGGAGAGGGCACUCCUAUUAUUAUUCAUGAGGUUAAAGAUCAAUGCCAAAUGGGCAGCUGCGCGACAAGCGUCCCUCUCGUGUUCGAAGCAGGUGCUGGUACUGGUACUGGUGCCGCUGUGCGUAAGGUGUCGGCAGGAGUGGACCAGGCCGCUCUUGGCAGGGAUGGUAUCCCGCAAUCACCGCACUUCAACACCUCCCUAACCCCUAACCUAACCUCUACAAAGACAUUGUACCUCCUACCUCAUGUAGUGAUUCUAGUGAAUUUGCCUUGUCGGGUGACGGGUGCGCGGCAGCAGCAGGCAGGUCAGGCGGAAGUGAAAGUCGCAGUGGUUCCCAGAGCUCGCUUAGCUUUUUUGGUUGAUCUGUCGAUCGCGUCGCUUGCCAGAUGCCUAGGAGGCCAGAUUGCCCAGUGGGUGGGUCACCACUCUGAGUCUGCAACUGGCUAUCCUAUCCCCCUUCCCGGCCCUGCUCUGCCCGGCCCUGCCAUCAACGUGUCGUCGAGGGGCCGUCGCAGCCACCAGAUGCAGAAAGCGCGUCUCCUGUCCCCGCACAUCCUGCUGCCCACUCCCAACGACUGUGCGGUAGCGCACAUGCAAUUCCUUUGGAAAAAAGGGUCACGCCGUUGCACGGUCGCACUGUCGCAUGGGUCGCACCUGGAAGAUGCCACUCUGCCAUCCUCGCAGCACACGCGGCGAUCUGUAAAACGGUGGCCGGGGUUCAAAGUCAACCUCGGGCGUGUCCAAUCAAUCAUGUGGGCGACGACAUCCUUCAAAUGGAUGUUCCGUGCCGCUUGCUGCCAGGAUCCUGCCAUCCUGGCAGCGCAGCGCAUUACGAUGAUGGGUGAUGAUUCCACUCUUGUGUUGUGA